UUAGGGAAGUCCCCACCUCCCCUUUGGUGAGAGAGGUUCCUCCCCUCUACUUUACCGGAGGACCCUCGUCCUGACUUCUGGUUACAAGGAGAAGGAGUUGUACUGAUGCAUUGUGCAAUAAUGCACCGCCACCUGCACUCAUUUCGUCACACAUCACGAGCGGUUUUAAUCGACUCUACAGUGUUUGCUUGCUUACUUGCUUAUUUACCUGUUUGCUUACCUGCCUCUACUAUGACUUGCAUUACUUUCGCCAAUUAAACUUUGACGGUCGUCAUUGUGUUUAACUUGAAUAUAAAAAUUCCGUAUAUUAUAAUUUACGAUAAAUCCAAUAUAGCAACCGAUACCACCUUUUUAACAUUAAUUGUAAAACGUAACAAUCCGGCUAUAAUCUCGGAUAACUCAAAUCUGAUUCAUUACAUCAUUUGAUAAUGAUUUAUAAAUAUUUCAUUAUGCAUAUAUGUAUGUAGUUUGAUUACAUGAACAUUUGGUCAUAUAAACGUAAAAUUUCUGCCACACGCCAUUUUUUGACGUAGAAGUUGAGGUUAUGUGGUAUUAAAUGUAUGUAAUGAGAAUAUAAGAAAAUGAGAUACAAAAAUUUGUAAAACAAGAUCAAUAGGUUUUUGAAAGAUAUUGAAAUAUUUUAAACAAUUUUUUUUCUUUUAAAAAUGCUUCAAUCAUCUUUUUUACAGAUAUUAAAAUUUCAAACAUGUAGGAUGUCACAAUUUGCAUUUGUACCUGUAUGCAAUCCUGUCGAAGAAGAAGAUGUACUACAAUUACAAAACUUUAUAGAAAAUAACAACAACAUAUGUGUUUUAACCGGUGCUGGAGUUUCCACCGAAAGUGGAAUUCCAGAUUAUAGAUCGGCAGGKGUUGGUAUUUACGCUAAAAGCAGUCGAAGGCCAGUUCUUUAUAAAGAUUUUUGUUCCAAUGAAUUUAUUAGAAAACGAUAUUGGGCACGAAAUUAUGUAGGAUGGCCUAGAUUUUCAACAUUUCAACCAAAUGACACUCAUAAGACAUUAAAAAAUCUUGAAGAAAUUGGGAAGGUGUCAUGUGUCGUUACACAGAAUGUAGAUAAUUUACAUACAAAAGCUGGAAAUAGAAAUGUGAUAGAACUUCAUGGUACAGCAUUUCGAGUAAUGUGUCUUAACUGCGAUCAUAAAAUAGAACGAGCUAACUUUCAAAAUAUUCUUAAAGAACUUAAUCCGCUUUUAAAUAGUCAUAUUGAAAUGAUAAGACCCGAUGGAGACGUAGAUUUAACUCAGGAAGAAACCGAAGGGUUUAUUGUUCCACCAUGUGAAAAUUGCGGUGGUAUACUGAAACCAGACAUAGUGUUUUUUGGAGAUAAUGUACCUCGUUAUGUUGUAGAAAAUGUUAAAAAUAUAGUUGAACAAUCGAGUUCAUUAUUAAUUCUUGGAACUUCUUUAAGUACAUUCUCUGGUUAUAGAAUUGUACUUCAAGCUUUAGAUGCUAAAAAGUCUAUAAUGUUAGUAAAUAUUGGUAAAACAAGAGCUGACAAUGAUGUACAUAUUAAAAUAGAAGGAAGAUGCGGGGAUGUGCUCUCUAAGGCUUGUAGAUUUAAUGAUUUCUUUGUAGAAAAUAAAAUGUGAUCUUAAAC